AACCAGGGAAGCAUUUAUGGUAAUAUAAACUACAAGGCAAGAGCGCAUUCUCUGCCUUUUAUCCCAGUGUUUGACAGAACUGUCGAUACUAGAUAGCUACUUCACUUACCAAGUUGGAGCUCGGAGUUCGGUGUACAUUGGUACUAUAGCUACACAGGACCAGCUGACUGAUGCGACUAUGUUUUAUUUGAUGACAUGAAGUCAGCCCUAUAACGCUUGCUGAUUGAGGGCACGUCCCCAUCAAAGAAAUAGCUCUUGGUCACUGCUCUACUUGUCUGCUGUGAGGGAGCUCAGGGCUGUGACUGGUAAGCAGUGAGACUUCUCCACCCCAGACAGACGGAGUGCCCCAGAGUGCCUCUGUCCGGUGCCCCUGCUCUCCUUUUCAUGGAUGCCAGGCUGGCCCUGCUGCAGCUUGGGACUCUCCUGGGUCUCCUGUCCUUAGCACUGGAGUUUACUGCUGAACCGACCACAGCCGAGGAGGUCUACACUAACACCUGGGCAGUCCAUAUAGAGGGAGGACCACAAGAGGCUGACCGCAUCUCCAGGAAACAUGGUUUCAUCAACCACGGCAAUGUGUUUGGGGGUUAUUAUCACUUCCGGCAUCACACCGUGGUGAAGAGAUCCCUAUCAGGCCACAGGGGAACACACGUACGACUACAGAAGGAACCACAGGUGAGGUGGGCGGAACAGCAGGUGUCUAGGCGGAGGAAAAAGAGGGAUGUCUACACCGAACCAUCCGACCCCAAAUUCCCCCAGCAGUGGUACCUGGUGAGCAAGUCCAACCCCAGCCAAGCAGACCUGAAUGCCAAGGGAGCGUGGUCCCAGGGUUACACUGGGAGAGGAGUUGUGGUCACCAUCCUGGAUGACGGUAUAGAGAAAGACCACCCAGACCUGGCCACCAACUAUGACCCUGAGGCCAGCUAUGAUGUCAACGAUGGAGACUCUGACCCCCAGCCACGCUACACACAGCGCAACGAGAACAGACAUGGAACACGGUGUGCUGGGGAAGUUGCUGCAGCCGCCAACAACAAUGUAUGUGGGGUGGGCGUGGCAUACAACACCAAAAUUGGAGCACCACGAGCUGUCCAUUUCCCAUUGAUUGUGCCGUGGCUGCUGCUUCAAGUUUCAGGACCACAAUGUGUGCGUAUGCUGGACGGGGAGGUGACAGACAUGGUGGAGGCCCACUCCCUCAGCCUGAACUCACAGCACAUCCACAUCUACAGCGCCAGCUGGGGCCCAGAGGAUGAUGGGAAGACGGUAGACGGCCCCGCCAAGCUAGCCAAGGAGGCCUUCCUCCGAGGAGUCACUGAGGGCCGAGGCAGGCUGGGCUCCAUCUUUGUGUGGGCAUCGGGGAAUGGUGGUCGUGAGAAGGACAGCUGUAACUGUGACGGCUACACCAACAGCAUCUACACACUAUCCAUCAGCAGCACCACCCAGUACGGCAUGGUACCCUGGUACAGCGAGGCUUGCUCCUCCACCCUCGCCACCACCUUCAGCUCUGGGAACCCCAACGAGAAACAGAUAGUGACUACAGACCUGAGACAGAAGUGUACAGACUCCCACACGGGGACGUCAGCCUCAGCCCCCCUGGCUGCUGGGAUCAUCGCACUGGCUCUGGAAGCCAAUAUGAACCUGACGUGGAGGGACAUGCAGCACCUGGUGGUGAGAACCUCUCACCCCGCCCACCUCAGCACGGACGACUGGAGUACCAAUGGAGUGGGCCGCAGAGUGAGUCAUUCGUAUGGGUAUGGUCUGCUGGAUGCGGGGGCCAUGGUGGCUCUGGCUCAGAACUGGACAAGUGUGGGCCCACAGCACCAGUGUGUUCUCACCAUGCUCUCAGAGCCUAGGGACAUAAGCAGCCGGCUGCUGUUCAGUAAGACAUUGGACGCCUGCUGGGGCAAACCAGAGUAUGUCAGCUCUCUGGAGCACGUCCAGGCCCGCCUCACUCUCUCCUACAACCACAGAGGAAACCUGGCUAUACACCUCAUCAGCCCCCUAGGGACACGCUCUACCCUGCUGGCACCCAGGCCUAAAGACUACUCAUCAGAGGGAUUUAAUGACUGGGCCUUCAUGACCACCCACUCGUGGGAUGAGGACCCUCGAGGGGAGUGGACCCUGGAGAUAGAGAACGUCUCAGAACAAGGGCACGACUAUGGUGUGUUGAGUCAGUUUACUCUGAUCCUGUACGGUACGGGCUCCAGCUCCAUUAACCCCUUGUCUCCUGACUUCCCCCGGCCGUCCAACAACAGCUGCAAGACCUUCGACGCCCAGCAGAUCUGCAUAGAGUGCAGCCCAGGCUUCUCCCUGUUCCUGCAGGGUUGUGUGAAGCUCUGCCCCCCCGGCUUCACCUCAGGCCCCCAGCUCCUCAACCUGUCCCUGGACAACUGGGUGGACUUGUCCUCCGUCCAGGCCUGCCUGCCCUGCCACCCUGCCUGCCUCACCUGCUCCGGCCCUGGGCCCAACGACUGCCUCUCCUGCCCCCCUCACAGUCACCUGGUCCUCACCGCCUGCCUGCACCAGAACCAAGUCCAGCGCAAGUCCCCAACCGGCCAAGUCCUCCAGGGAGAUGGGAGUGGACCAGGGGAGAGUCCAGUGGGGUCAGAGCAGGGGGGAGAGGGAGAGCCUCCAGGGCCUAACCUGGGCCUGUCCUCCCCUCUGAUUACCCUGCUUGCAGUGCUCAGCUGUGCCUUAAUCUUGGCAGCCUUCGCCGGGGUAUUCCUCCUGCUGCAGCUGCGCUCUGGUGGCGCCCCCUGGGCCCGAAGGACCAAACUGCACUCUGUGGAGACAGGGGGAGGGGCCUCGGGAGGCAUCCGUGUGGGCAUUGGCUUUGGCCUGGGGCUGGGCUGGGAAAGGCAGGGCAGGGUGUCUUAUAAGGGGAUCCCCACUGUGUGGAGGGACGAGGACCAGGUAACACUGUGGGGCUCUGAAUCGGACAGCGAGGAGCUAGACUGCCACAGUGAGAGGACAGCCUUUAUCAGGACACAGAGCUCCCUCUAGCCCCCUCUCUGACCCCUACAUCUGGGGGAAACUCUCUUCAGGGGUUGGUCUCUCCGGCCCCUCCCUCUGCUAGAGCUCAUGGGUCUGUGGUUUGGGUCUGGCUCAGGCCUCGUCCCUUGCAGAGACAGAUACACAGAGAUGCUGAUCCAGGGAUGUGAUGGCAGCCCAGCAAGCACCUCCAGGUCCACUGAUUCACCCUCAAGCAUUAAUCAACAUAAAAUGUUUUAAUUCUAUAAGUACCAUAUUUUAUUGUAUAUUGUUUUCCUUUGCUUUUAAAGACUUUAAUAAGAUUAUUCCCCUGGCCCAAGGGUCAUGGUAAAGGGAAACUACAGUUUCUGAAUUGAGUUGGGGAGCCAUAGUUUUUGCUAAUGUUUCCCAUUGACCUUAUUUUUGUUGCGGUAUAGACAUGGCCCUGAGCCUCUGUCCUAAUAUGAGCAGGCAUGGAAGAGAUGUCUGUAUGUAUCAGCAUACAUGUGUGUGUAUGUGUGACAGUGACUUUGUGCACAAGAGCUAAAUAGCCGCCCAACACAGUUUCUGCGUGAAUGAAGAACACAGCAGGGUUUAUUUAAUGUACAACAGAGAGAGAAAGAGAACGUUUGGAUUUGUAAAUUAGAUUCUCUCUGUGAUAAACACCUUCUGAUUAAACUUUUUCCUACUGCUUG